AUGAAGUUUCUAGUCCUUUCCAGCCUGCUCUGCAUCCUACUUCUCAUCUUCUCUGUGGAAGGUCACUAUGUGAGGCCCUGCAGACCGUGCAAGCCUAAGCCAAAUAACCCUCACCACUGGGUGGUACCUGGGGCACUCCCACAGGUAUAG